AUGAAUCAAGACAAGUCAUCCCAGGUCACCAAUGGUACCCUUCCCAAGAGUGUGAAGGUCCGAACGACUUGCAAUGCUUGCCAGCAGGCCAAGAUCCGAUGCAGUCAUGAGAAACCGUCCUGUUUGAGAUGUCAAAAGCAUAACUACAGCUGUAUCUACAGCAUUUCCAGACGAUUGGGAAGGCCUGCCAAGAAGAAAGAUAUGACAACAAAUGACGGCUCGUUCGACAUGAAUCAAAAGCAUCCACGAGGCGUUUUGGACAAGAGAUUCCGUGGCUACCCCAAGAAAACCACAAAGAAAGUGGUAGCAGAGCCGGUGUAUGAGCUCAGUCGGGGUUUGACAAACUAUAAGGAUGUCGAUGAGGACACACCGCUUGAGAGCAAUCUCAGCGACAACCUCAAGAGUGUGAUUACUGAGGAUGCAAGUCUACAUCAAGACUGCUUCAUGGAUCCCAAUAGUAUGAAACCCCCUUUGAAACAAGUUCCCGACGGCGGCGACCUAUCUCCCGACAACUGGUUGCAGGAAUUCAUGUCUAAUCCUGUCGCUGAUUCAGUGCAGGAACGUGAUCUGUUAGACUCCUUGAGCCUUGGUACCACGAAGGUCGAGAGUGUUGUCAAUGACAGGAGCCCGUCUCGAAGUUUUCUUAGUGCUGAAUCUCAGGAUCAAGCCCCCGAUUGCUACAAUUUUGGCUCGAGCAAUUUCCCCAGCCACAGCCAAUGUCCUGUCGAUGGCGGCAAUGGGCUUUCGGAGGGUCGGACGCCUGAUGAAGCCUUGAAGACGGAUACUUUCGUUUGGCUACAGCCGGCCACGACUCCAAUGGAAAACCUCCCUGCUCGAGCACCCAAACAUAACAGCGCUCACAACUACGUGCCUGAACACUUCAAGCCAACCGCCACUAUGGAUACCUGCCAAUACCAGUGUCAAUGCCACGAGCCGAUUAUACGCGAGUUGAUCCAGGUCAACAACUUCGCUUCCCGUGCAGGACCUGCAGCUACUAUUGACUCGAUCUUAAACUGCCAACGCGUGCUACAGCAACUUUCGCACACCAUUCUUCAAUGCAAUAUAUGCACUCGUACUUGGAUCAACCUUCUCAUGAUGGUUGUUGUCAGCAUUGAUAGUCUAGUCACCGCGCUUGACGCCAUCCUAUCGCUCGACAGCGGUCUGGCAGAGCAAUUGUUCGCCGGGUAUCCCGGACCACUCCCUGCAGGUACCAGACCCGACAACGUCGCCAGCGCCAACUUCGCCAACGCAAACUAUAGACGCUGCCGGGCAAAUAGUCUCUAUCUGAAGACCCACGUGGAUGCUUGCCCAUUGGUGAUCGGAGGGUUUUGUGUCCCAUUCGAGGACAAAUUCCUUUUCAUCACACAAAUGCUGUACAUCCGACUAUCGGAGUUGCAGAUGACUGUGCGUCGUAUUCGAUUAUGCACGCAGGAGUUUCUGGCUGUUCCUGCAGCUCGGGGCAGGCUGGGGAUGAUAAUGGAGACCGAUCAGAGCUGUUCAUGUUCGAUCCGCCUGCUGCAGAUCAUGACCGAAUGUCAAGACCUGCAGCCGGUCAUCGAGCUCGCCACUAUCCUGGACCUCGUCCACCGGGUCGUCACCCACGGCAAAGCAAUGGUGAAAUGCAAAAGCUGCCGCAGCAACCCGCAGACGUCCUUUGCGAUGCUGCCCGCACUGGCGAAACAGUGCUUGACGCUCCUCGAGGCUGGCGGCCUAGCCUACAGCAUCACGAGUACCAACGCGCUCCUGAAUUCCACAAUGCUCGCGUUUGAGCAGCCGCUGUCGCAGUAUAUCUGUUUGCGCAGCCCAUCCCAGCUGGGGCGCAUGGAACUCGAUGAGAAGGAGACCACGCUGCUGCCGGCCGUGCCAGCGGGACACGCCGUACUGCACCCGUGUGAAGCGGGGGUGGAGAGCGCUCUGCGGCGCUUCGCUGUGUUUGUUGAUCAAAUCAAGUUUGAGGCAGGUAAGUCCUUGCGUUGGGGGUGGAAGGAUCUCUAA